UCCAAAGUCUCCGCUAUGAACCUUCACUGUUUCCGAUAAAGAGUUGAGGACGUAGUGAUAUAAUUCAACGACAAGUCAGAUUCAUUCUUGCUUUUUAAAUAGUGCGACUCGAUGACGGGUAAAUUUUGUAUUCUUCGAUAGUAUGACACAAAAGCGAGCUUGAUAGAAUUUUGUUUCUAUCUAUACUGGAAAAGUAAAAACUUAAUCUAGACGUUGUCUAAAUUGUUUUGUCUAAGGAAAUUACGUGCACACGUUGGUCACGAACAGUGAUCAAUGAUUAUUCAUUAAUCGACACUACGAAAUUUCGAUGUGUAGUGAUCUGUGAUAUUAGUCAUCAACAUGCCCGCUACGGCUAUGCAUAAAUUAAUAACGUUUAUAGGAUUUACGUCUAUAUUACACGCGGCUUAUUCUGCGGCGCAACAUCGUUCGUAUUUGCGAAUCACUGAACAAGAGUUUACUACUUUGCCAAUUGAUAUCUUAAUUCAAGGUAUAGCCAGUUUGUUUAUUGUCAUGUACGGUGUCAUGUACAUAGCUGGUGAUUUCAAAGAAAUUCGGGCAGUUGUUGACUUGGAAAAUAAAUCUUGGGAGACACUACGAAAUCUGCCAUCUUUUCAAGUAUUCAAUCAUCGUGGAAGAUCUCUCUCACCGGAAUAUAUAGUCUCAGGACUGUGAAUAAAAUGGCACUUCUUUGUACCAAAUUAUUGAGAAAAUAUUAGAUAUAUAAAUUUAUUUAUAUUCAUUUAAAUUAUGUCCUUCAACUUAGUAGAUAAUCAGGACAACAGUAAUAUAAAAUAUAUAAUGAUUUUAAAUACAUAUAAGUAUAUUUGUGUACAAAUCUGCAACCAAAUUCCUAUUGUGUUCAGUUAAUUCAUUAAAUAUUCAUUGUGAGUAGAAUGAAAUGUGUUGUGUCUAGAGCAACACACUUUCAGAGGGAUGUAAAAAUAUAAAAAGAGUAAUUGAAAAUGUUAAAACUGAAACAGCUAUGUGUGUAUAUAUACAGGCAUGAAAUUCAAUUAAUGAUUUAUUGCUAAAAACAAGUGACACCAAAUUGAUCUUCCUCUGUAAUUAAUUCAAAUUACGAGAUCUCAAACACGACGAGUGGUUUUGCAUACACAUUUCACACAAUUGUGACAGUAAAUAGUACGAAUAAAAAAGUUUCGCAAU